CGAUGUCUCGGGGUGCGUGUGAGCAUCCUGUGCCUCAGUUUCACCAGACCUAAAAUGGCCUAAGCCUGGUUGUGUGAAUUUAGAGCUAUCAGGUUUCGGCAGUGCGCAGGGUUUAUAGAUUGAGUUCGGCGGGAGGGCGGCCUGGCUCCUGCGGGGCCGCCCCGUCCUCUCCGCCAGGCCCCGCCCUAGUGGGCGGAGCUCCUCCUGGCCAGCACGUGUAAAAGUUCGCCGCGGGUAGCCGCAGCCACUCACCUGAGCGCCUCGCUCUGAGCGCUCACUUCCCCGCGUCCUCCGAUCGCGCGUCCUCCGCUCGCCCGGCCGCCUGCCCUCCCGCCCGGCCCACGACUCAUGUCCCGCCGCAAGGCCGGCAGCGCGCCCCGCCGAGUCGAGCCCGCGCCCGCCGCCAACCCAGACAACGAGGAGAUGGAGAUGUCGGACCUCGUCAUCGAUGUGAAGCUGGAGCCGGACGCGCGGGCCCUGCGGGCCCCGAAGGAGGUGUCCGCGCUGGGACGCUUCGGGGGCGAACCCCGCCACUCGCUUGGCCCCGUGCCUGCCGGGGCCGCUCUCCACGUCCUGGGCGCGCCCAGUCCGAGGGCCCUGUGCGUGCCGCUGACCUCUAGCCUUGCCGACCGCCAGCUCUGGACCGACAAACACCCAGAUCUGCUGACCUGCGGCCGCUGCCUGCAGACCUUCCCGCUGGAGGCCAUCACUGCCUUUAUGGACCACAAGAAGCAGGGCUGUCAGCCCUCUAGAGGCCUCGGCCCCAGCAACGGUUCAGAACCCAAGGAGCUGGCGAUGUUGAGCUGCCUCCACUGCGGCAGACAGUUCACAGGGGCCUGGAAGCUGCUGCGUCACGCCCAGUGGGACCAUGGGCUGUCCAUCUACCAGACCGAGUCAGAGGCCCCCGAGGCCCCGCUGCUGGGCCUGGCUGAGGUGGCUGCAGCCGUGUCUGCCGUGUCUGCCAUGGCGGCUGUGGGACCACCAGUUGAGGCCAAGAGCUCCCACCUCAGUGGCCCCAGCCGGCGGAGCCCCAUCUGCCUGGUGUGCAAGAAGACUCUCAGUUCCUUCAGCAACCUCAAGGUGCACAUGCGCUCUCACACGGGCGAGCGGCCCUAUGCCUGCGACCAGUGUCCCUACGCCUGCGCCCAGAGCAGCAAGCUCAACCGCCACAAGAAGACCCACCGGCAGCUGCCACCCCAGAGCCCCUGCAUGGCCGAUGCCAGCCAGGAGCAGGUCUCCACAGCACCCCCAGAGCCAGCUGCCCAUGCUGCCGCCCCAGCCAGCACCCUUCCAUGCAGCAGAAGUAGUGAGGGUGCUGGAGCUGCAGCCACAGCGGGCAUCCAGGAGCCAGGGGCUCCUGGCAGUGGGGCUCAGGCAGGCCCAGGGUGGGGUGGCUGGGGAGUAGUCAGCAAAGGACAGAGAACUGACCCUUCAAAGAACCAGAAGACCUCGCCCAAAAAGACGCCCAAGGCUGCAGGCAAGAGCCGUGGGCCUGGGGGCAGCUGUGAGUUCUGCGGGAAGCACUUUGCCAACAGCAGCAACCUGACCGUGCACCGGCGCUCGCACACAGGCGAGCGGCCCUACGCCUGUGACCAGUGUCCCUACGCCUGCACCCAGAGCAGCAAGCUCAACCGCCACCGCCGCAUGCACGGCCUGGAGCCCGGCAGCACCCGUUUUAAGUGCCCACACUGCUGUGUGCCCUUCGGCCUGCGAGCCACCCUGGACAAACACCUACGGCAGAAGCACCCCGAGCUGGGCGAGGUGGCCUGAGCACAAGGAGACUGUCUGUCCCUCACACUGUAGUCAGUGGUUGUGUUGAUCUCAUCCUCAUCCUUGUGCAAAUAAAUGUCCUCCCCUAUUUACC